AUGUUAACACGUCCGACGAAGGUAGUGGCCGCGGACUCACAGGAGUCCUGGAGUGUAGUGGCCCGACGAGGCAAGGUGAGGAAGACUCCGGCACCUGUCGCAGUGUCGAAGCAAGACACACAGCAGGAGUCGGCCAAGGUGGGUGAGAAAGGGCGGGAGGAUCGUCAGCGCCCCUCCCCGAAACUGAAGACUCCGACUACGGCGGCCAUUACGCUGAAGCUUACAGCUGAGGCUACUAAGAAGUGCGUCACCCUCCAGAAGGUGAUGGAGAAGGCAAGGAGUGAUAUCUCCUUGCCAGAGGUCGGAAUAACGGGUGGCAUGACCAUCAAGGCUAGUCAGACCGGGGACAAGCUGCUGCUGGUUCCUGGGCCUGACAGUGGCACGAAGGCCGACGCCCUAGCAGCGCGCCUCCGAGAUGCGGUGGCGGGCCUCGCUGAGGUGGGAAGGCCAGAAAAGAUGGCGGGCCUACGAGUGUCUGGCCUCAAAGACACCGCAACGAUGGCGGAUGUCAUCAAGGCAGUGGCUGAUAAGGGAAGCUGUCCCAACAAUAUGGUAAGCGCCUCGGAGUUGCGUCCCGGCCCAGGGGGAUCGGAUAGUCCCACUAAGGCGGAUGCCCUAGCGAGGCGCCUAGGUGAGGUGAUGGCCGAGCUGAUUGACGUCAGCAGGCCAGAUAAGGUGGCCGACCUACGGAUUGUGGGGCUCGACGAUUCGAUUACGACGGACGAGGUGUUGCAUCCGGCGGCGUGGUGGUGUGCUCAACGGCCUCCACGGCGGCAUGUUGGUACUCACUACCGCUCGAAUCAUCUUCUAAUCUGUCGCGCCGAGCAUCUGGCGGUUGCAUAUGGGAAGCAUCCUGAAGUAUGGGAUUCGAUACCUCGAUGUCGCUGGCUAGCUCUCUUCCUCCGUCCUCAUCGCUGGGUAUUUCGCGAGAUGCGCUCGCUUGUCCAGCUUGUCUACGAGUGCGAGGCAUUUUCUCUCGGCACUUGA